AUCGCGCCGUGGCGGCGAGGGCUGGUGUGUCUGUGGUGGGGUAGUGGUGGCUGCCAGGUAGAUCGCUCGGUUCUGCCGCCUGGCCCGCCGCUCUGGACAAAAGGUGGUAUUGGGUGUUGGUGGGGGCCGCGGGAUCCCUCCCAGGAAAGCCCCGCGAGCCCCGCGAACUGGGCAGGAAUUGACUGGAAACUGGCGGCGGCGGUGGCGGCGACGGCCGAGGGUGGAGCCAGUGGGCGGGGCUGGCAGGGAGCGAGCUAGGCAGGAGCCAGAGAAAGAAAGGAAGAGAGACGCGUGAGCGCUCGCAGCGCAGAGGACAAAGAGAGAGCCCGGCACCGCCCGCGUGGAGGCGGCGGCGGCGGGCCAUGGGCAAGGCGGCAGCGGGCCAACGGACCUGACCUCUUGCUAGGUUGCGCGGCCGCCGCGCUGGACUGAAGGCUGGGGGUGGGGAGGGAUGGCUCCGCCGCCGUCCAGAUAUGGGACUCCGGCGAGCGAUCCCUGAUUUCGGCGCUGGAAGAAACGAGAAAGCGUUCCCAUCAGCACCGCCAUCGGUUCCCCAAAGCCCUAACCUAGCAAUGGGAAGAAGUUGGGCUGGGUGCUGGUGUUACUGGUCGUGCCAACCCAAGUAUCCAAGAACUUGGGCAGUUGAAGAAAAGAGCAAAGAUCGUGUCUAUGAACUUUCCCAGCAUUCUCCUUUCCUCCAUCGGGCUCCUUUAGGGUCAAAAACUCCUUCUUCUUCUUCCUCUUCUUCGUGAAAGGCUCAAGAGUUGGUCUUCGCAUCUGGCGAACCAUUUUCAUGGCCACAUCUGCCAAGGGCUUACAGAAGACUGUGUGACUGAAAGAGUAGCAGCACUCAAACAUCGCUCCCACCAGCACUGUCCCAGACUGAAGUAGCACCAACAGGAGCACCUGGAUAUCCGAUCAGUGCCAUAGUGUAGGCUAGGGAGACUGAGAGACACUUAUGUCCCCAUCGGCAUGAAUAGGUUGCAAGGAAGGCAGAGACAAUUUCCCCUGCAGAAGUAAGGCUUUCCUUGCCUCUUUGCAGAAGAGAUCUGAGAAAGGAGGAUCUUUCUUUCCCUCCAGGCUGGAUCUAAGAAGGACUUUAAAUUCAGAGCCUGUCAAGAGAAGUCUCUGAGGCCCUACCCUAAUUCCCGGAGUAAAGAUGGUGAUGUCCCACGGCACCUACACCUUCCUCACCUGCUUCGCCGGCUUUUGGCUUAUCUGGGGGCUGAUUGUGUUGCUAUGUUGCUUCUGCAGCUAUCUGCGACGACGCAUGAAACGGCGACAGGAGGAGCGGCUGCGGGAACAGCACCUGCGCACAUUGGAAAUGGAGCCCUUGCAUUAUGAGGGCUAUGGGGGCCCUGCCUAUGGGGGCCCUGCCUAUGGGGGAGGUUACAUCAGAAGCCCACCAGGCAUUCCCGUGCCCCACCGACUCCGCAUUGAGCCCCACCACCCUCACCACCUCCCACCCCCAAGGCCUUGGAGCUGUAGGCAUGAGCCAGACCCAUCUAAGCCUCCAUGCUACGAGGAAGCAGUGCUGAUGGCUGAGCCACCACCACCAUACAGCGAAGUCCUGACAGACACACGUGGCUUAUACCGCAAGAUCAACGCCCCCUUCCUGAGCCACGAGCAGCCAGAGAAGCAGGAGCAGCCGCCCAGCUAUAAGCCCCUUUUCCUGGAUCGAGGCUAUGGCUCAGCCCUCCACCUGCCAAGCUCAGCCGGGCAGGGCCCCACCUGCACCAACCUCUACUUGGAGUCGGAGCACUCACAGCGUAUCUUCCCAAGCUGGACAGACUCUGAACUCAGCACCAGAGACAGCUACGAGCCUGGGCCCUGGCAUCUGCCCGUCUCAAUGCCUUUAUUUGGCAGGACUACGGCAGUGUAGCGUGCCAUAGUGCGACCUACGUGGGACUCUGGUUGCUGCAUGGAUCUGAGCAGCCUGUUCCCUUGGUCUGUGGGAGCCACCAGGUCCCGUAGUCCAAGCCUUCCAGACAUGUCUGGGCCACAGUCUUCACAGCGCAAAGAUCCCCGUUGCAACUGACCUCUUUGGCCAGGGCGAGAUUGGGGCUGGUCUCCCCAUCUCACCCACUUCCCUUUCUCUGGGCCCACUACUGGCUCUGUUGGUGCUGACUGUAAGGGGGAGCCUCUGGCUUGGCCUAAACUUUGUUAAAACAAUCUUUUGUUUGUUACAUUUUGACAACAAUAAAGUUUGUGGAACCUGA